UGGACACUCUAGGAAAUGUUCAAUACGAAUGAAUACCUCGUUAAAAAGGGGAAAAAAUUGCCAGAUUUGUCUCUUAUCAUCGACAAACAAAAUUCCUUCGGUAUCAGCCAACAGUAUUUAAAUCAUCAUGAUGAAUAUAAUUUACAUCGUGAUUUUGGGAAUUAUGAUAAUUUAAUUACUUCUGCUGCUAACCACAACGGACAUGCAUGCAGAAUGUUAUACGAUAAGAUAGAUGAUACAAAUAAUUAUUUCCAAAAUUUCCCUAACGCUAAUAGACCCUUAAAUUCCUGUGAUUAUUACUAUAAUUUUAAUUCACAACCAACUAAUGAUGUAAAAUUAAGCAAAGAUUGUUUGUAUCACACACAUAUUAAAUACCUCCCUAAAGACAGAGCUUAUAACAGCAUUGUCAAAUCAGCUAUUGAUUAUAGUAACUUAUCACUCAGUAAAUAUAACGUAAAAAUGAUUUAUUCGUUAGAAGAGGAUAAUAGUUCAACAAGGCAUAAGAAUGUAUCCAAAAAUAAUCAAAUUCAUCGACCAAACAAACUUGACAUCAUCCCUCGGAAUCUAUCGAUGACCAGAGAUAGCGGUGUGCCAUUAUUCAUACCGCACUAUAAAUUUUCAAAAGAUUGUCAACCCGAAUUAUUGACAUUGCACUUUUUAUCAUUGUUGAGACCAUUUAUUCAUUCCACACUCAUAUUGAGUACUAUCAUAUUUGCAACACCUCAAGAUUUUGAAGACAAUUUGGUUUUCGAUUACGUGCAAUCAUUUAAACUAAAGCAUAAAAACUAUCACUUAUCAAUGGAUUCAAACGCAGGGCGAUUCGAGAAUGAUUCUGGAAACUUACAAGAAGAAAAUGAGUUCAGAUUCGAUGAGAACAAAACCAAUGAAAGUUCAAAUAAAGUGAAUGGUAAAGAAUUAAAAUUGCAAGCUCCAAUAGGAUAUGAAUAUAUUGAUUGGAAUACCAAAAUGAUAACCCCUCCAAUCACUUCUCCAGACAUAAACUACUCAUCGCUGAAUGAAUAUAAAGAAGUACCAGUUCUUACAGGAAAUGAAACCUUGGAAAUCAUAGCAAAUAGCUUCAAACCAUAUCUAUGUUAUAAAAGGAACCUUAAAGACGAAAUUACAAUAAUCGAUUCGGAUCAUAACUGUAUCUAUCUAUAUAGUCUAGAAACUUUCACGGAGUCUAGAUCGGUUGAAUGGGCACAAGAUCCUUGGGAAUACAUAAGUUCAAGUAACGAGACUCCUAAUGAAACAUUAAAUAGCAAAUGCCUUGACGAAGAGUAUGAAAUCCCUACGUCUCUUGAUAAGUCAUUCGAUAAUCUUAAAAAUGCUGCAUACCAAAGCAAAAUAAUAGAUUCAAAUGCAAAACAGUCAAAUGAGGAGGAAAGAGAAAAUAAAAAUCAGGGUCACCCUCCAGAACCUUGGUCAAUAUCCUAUAUGCCUGACAAAAAUUUUAUUACAACUGAACAUUAUAUCGAAAUUCCAUAUACAUCUUCCUACAUUAAAUGCAAUGCCUGUGCUGGCGAUGGUUGGAAAAGAUGCUGGAGAUGUUCAGGUAGAGGAACUGUCUCUUGUAUAUCAUGUUCUGGUACAGGUAGAAUUUCGACUAACUUAUCUAGCAACUCUCUUGUAAAGCCUAAAAAAUUUACAAUUACCAACAAGAGUAAAGAUUUUUGUUUCAGUUGCAGCGGGAGAGGAAGAAAAAGAUGUCAAACAUGUGUUGCUGAUGGAAAACUAAUAUGUGAUGCAUGCAAAUCCAUGAAAGGCGUUAAAAAUUAUAUCAAACUCACUAUAAAAUACACUAACCAUGAAUCGGAAUUUAUUUAUGGAGCCGAACAAUUUCCUAACUCAAACAUUCCAGCCUUAGAGGGAGUUACCAUAUUUGAACAAUGUUUUUCUAGAGUUAGCCCGAUCGAAGAUUUUGCCGAGGAAGAAAUCAAUGAAAAUUCUCAUCGAAUUUAUAAUGAACAUAUGCAAUUAUCAAAAUAUGAGCGAAUUUUACUUCAGCGUCAUUCGAUAAAAGCUAUACCAUAUACCAAUGUGAAAUAUAGGGAUAAAAGCAAAGAAAACAGGUAUAUAUGUAUUUACGGAUUUAACAAGGAAAUUUACAAAUCUGAAACCUUGUCAUAUUUGAGUCCUAACUGUUUAGGAUGCAUUUUAAAUUAAAUAUUUUAUGUAUAUAUAUAUGAUGUAAGUUUACGAAAUACUAAAUUCAAAUAUGCACGUUUUAAAAAAAAUUUAAAAUAUUUAUUGUAAUUAUCGCUAAACUAUAACAGAUCAUUUUACCAUCUGAAAAAAACAUGCAUUCCAAUUCAAUUUAA